AAACAGAAGGCCACUCAUCUCUCAAACCUCGAUCGUCAUCACCCCAAACGUCGUUGCUUUCCAGCUCCUCCAUUUAUAUAAUAUACACUAAAAUCAAGAAGAAAAAUCACCUUCCAUUGCCACCAAAACCAGAUUCAUCCGAAGUAAUCCAACCUCAAAAUCUCAAACCUCUUUUUCUCUCUGUCUCUGUCUCUCUCGAGAGAGAGAGAAAUGGACGACAUGCCAAAUAUGUCUCCUCCGCCCAAGGGCGACCUGACGAACACAACUUAUGGUACCAUGAUGAUGAGCAGCGGCCUCACAUGGGGCAAAGAUGUCAUCAUCCUCUUCCCCAAGUGGCCUGACAACAACCUCGGCAUGUACGUCUUGGCUCUCUUCUUCAUCUUCCUCCUCGCUGUCGCGGUCGAGGUAUUGUCCGUUUUGCCCAAACACAGACCGGCCGCCAAACCCUACCUAUCCCUCCUCGGUCAGACAGGCGUCCACACCUUUCGUACCGGUUUGGCUUACCUGGUCAUGCUCUCUGUCAUGUCAUUCAAUAUUGGAAUCCUCAUCGCCGCCGUGGCCGGCCAUGCACUAGGUUUCUUCAUCGUUAAGGUUCGUGAUCAUGGCCAACACCCCGACUCGCCCGAGCCCAAAGUUUGAUUUGUCUUCUUGUUGUUGAUCGGUGCUUAAGUUUGUGUGGGUGCUUGGGUUUGUUUCUAUCUUCUUUUUUUGUUGGUCUGUUAUGUAGUGCGUGACUAUAUUUAACGGGAAAUAUUUUUGCUCAUUAUCUAAUUUAUUAUUGUCAUAUGAGUUUAAAUUUUGACAUUUAUGUGAUUAAUAGACAUAAAUUUCAGAAUUUAAAUUCAUCUAACGAUGAUAAAUAAGAUGGUGGUGAGGAAAAGUUGCCCCAUAUUUUAUGUGUGCGCUUGUUGUGGUUGCUUUUUUUUCACCUAAGAUUUUCAUGUGCUUGUUGUGUAGUGCUUUAGCUAGUUUGCUUGUGGCUCUAAUGAACUAAUAUUUGUAUGAUUUGCAUAUUUCUGUUCGAAUGAACUAGUAUUUGAACUA